AUGGUUUUCCCUCUUUUGCAUGAGACGACGGCCGAAGCCAGCCAGGAGGACCACAGAUGCCCGCCUGCUUGCGACCCUACCGGCAUAGACUGGUGGACCGAAAUCCCCAUCUCCAAAGACUCCAAUUCCCCAUCCUGCCUGGCGGUGCCUGUUGUUGGCGUCCCAUUCCUUGCACAGUCCCACUCGACCGCCAAGACUACCAACGGGAUGCACAACAAAGGCUCCGCAUGCGCUUCUCUCGUGUCGAUGCCGCCAAGACCUGGUAAACACCAUCAGGGCGCAAUAGGAGUCGUACAAGGUACCAUGCAUCCCGUUGUCGCUCUGCCUUGA